GUACUAUGCAAAUACCUUGACAAAUUCUAUUUAAUUUAUAUUGACGAUGUGUUAAUCUAUACAGAUGGAGACGUUAAAAAGCACCGCGAACACAUACGAAAAGUAUUACAAAAACUGAAGGAAGCCGGCCUGUUUUUGGAUAUUAAAAAGUGCGAGUUCGAAAGAAAGGAAACCCUCUAUCUUGGAUUUAUCGUACGCGCAGGGCAAGGUGUUAAAAUGGAUCCUAAA